UUUAAUGCCAUGGUCACACUCAAGCAAAACUUCCUUCAUUGAAACGGGGUGUAUCGACUUGGGAUCAUUCUCGCAAACUCAGCAGCAGCCGUUAAUCCACGAUGAAGGUCCUCGAAGCUCAGUCUGCCGUACUCUCCAACUUUGAGGUCCAUCAGCAUGUCCUGCAACAGAGAGAGCGGUACAAGAAAAGUCGCCAUCGUGGCCCACCCAACUACGAAACUGUCGUCAAAGAGCUGAGCAGCUGGCUCGAGGCAUCGCCCAGUCCCAUGAGCCAGAAGCCUACUCCCUAUACACUUCAAUCCAUCCCCACGCUACUGGAACGCCUGCGGCCAUAUGAUCUGUCCAAGGGAGAGGUGGUCAUGAUCCUCAACCUCCGGCCUGCCAAUGUGGUCGCACUCAAUGUCAUUGUAGAGGACAUGGCCGGCCGUUUCGAUGAGACGCAGCAGGAGGAGCUUGUCACCAUCAUCACCGAGGUGCUAGGCGCCUUUGAACCAGCUGAAGAGGCUCCGCAGGAGAAUGGCGAAGGCGACGUUGCCAUGGACGACGCGGGCCAGGCCGCUUGAUGGUGCCCUUGAGGUGUGUCAAUCACAGUAUUGUACACCCACCUUCCGUCUGACCGCCGGCUGCUGUCGAUGUCUUGAUGGCCGUCUUGCAUAUGUCCUCAAAAGCCGGCUUGAUCAACUCCCCCGUGACCGCGGAGCACUCAACAUA